AUGCGAAUCUUCGGCUGGCAUACAACAGAGGCAUCACAGCGUCAUGGUUCUGCCCCAUUCGAAGUCUGGUCAGCUUCUACAGAUAGCUCACUCUUAUCACUAUGCGCUCAGGAAGUGUUCGGAUCAUUUCUCGUGAGCAUUUUUGACACCAUGGAUGCUGUCGAGGACAUUGAUAUCCAAGAGGCACCAUACGUCCACCUGGAGAGUAAAUUGGUGUCUGAAAUUAUACAACUGUUCACCGACACCCGUCUAGGUUCAAGAGAAGAUGCAUUAUUGUGUGUCUUGCCUCCGAUAAUAUCUCUAUUGAAGAUGCCCUCUACAGAAAAUAUUCUGGCAACAGCAAAGAGAAGAGCGAACGAGCAUCGAAGACGUGGCGAGUGGAUUAAAGCAGAGGUAAUGCUAAAGUGGGCAUGGGAUAUUUGCACCAAGUCUCAGUCUCAUACAGGAAAUAAUAACUCCCAAAAUCACGCAGACGAACUAGUGCAACAAGCAACAAUUGCACUAGGUGAGCUUUAUCGGUGGGCGAUGACAAUCAGUGAUAUGAAAAAAUUCAGCUCUGAUGGAAUCAAAUGGCUUUUAGCCAGGAAAAGCUGUGAGCAAAGCGUCUCUGCAGCUGUUGGGAAGGUUAUAGAUCGUUAU